AUGACGUCAGUGACCCACAUCCUCCAGGAUCAAGGCCCCUUACUUGAGAUCCUUCUCCUGAUCAGGAGUUAUAACUUGUAUCUGCAAACAGAAUACGGGAAAGGCCUGGCCGGGACUCCCAGGUGGGUCCCCGGCCCCGCCUGCGCCGGGCUGGGCCAGCCCCUGGGCGGCGCCAGGGCAGUCGGGGAGGAGCGCGGUCGGGGAGCGCGCGGAGGCGGGCGCUGCGCUGGAGGGUCGCUGCCACGGAACGCAGGCCUGUGCGCGCGGCCGAGCGGGCGGCGGCUGCGGCCACGGUGGUGGUGGGGAGGGCUCGGCUGCAGGCAGGCUCGGGGCUCCCGGGCCGGCGGGGUCCGCCGGCUCCAAUUGCGUCCGCUUGGUGGCGGGAGGAGGGAGCAGUGCAGACAACGAGCGGCAUCUGGCGGGCGCAGCGCGGCCGCAGCCCCGGGACUUGCGCUGCUGCCCUCCGGCCUCGGCGUGCACUGUGCAGCGAGAUCCCACAGGUUCUACUCCUAUAGUGUCAUCCCAGCUGGCUUAAGAGCUUGGAGGAUCACUGUAGCUCUGUCACAUUUAAGGUGUCCUCAGACAGCAGAAAACAUCAUCUUUUUGAAGAGUGCUACAAUUUUUCCAGUCACCUCUUAUAACUGCAUGCCAAAGGGAGCAGUGACUUUUGAUGAUGUGCAAGUGAACUUCACUGAGGAAGAGUGGGAAUCAUUGGAUCCAUCCCCGAAGAAUCUCUACAAAAAUGUGAUGUUGGAGACCUUCCUGAACCUCAACGCUCUAGGCUCUAAUUGGGAAGACCAUGAUAUUGAAGAACAUUUUGAAAAUUCUAGAAGAUUUAAAAGCAUCUCCUCUGGCAGCCAGGAUCCUGGAGCUGGAACGACCGUGUGCGAGGAAUGGUCGGGCCCACUGAGGUCGCGCAAAGUCCUCCUAUACUGUGAUGUACAGCUGUUGGUCUGGAUGGCAUCCCGGUCCUUUGUGAAAAACAAUGGCCUCCAAGGCCCUAAUGAUAGGCAAACCAAAAGUUCCUAUGGGCAACCAUCCUACCCCAGAAUCAGGCCAUUCCGAGGCAUAAAAGGUCUGCCACUGUUUCUUCUUAAUUUCUACUGAUAAAUUACGUCCACCUGCCCUAAUUUCCAUCCAGUGGUCCUCAGUCAAAGACAAAGGGGUUGUCACUGUCUGCCCCAUGACAAAAACAAAAAACAAAAGGUACAAGAACAAAACACAAACAAUAAACACUAGCAUGUCCCAGCACAUUCGUCCCUGUCUGGACUUAAACAGCCAAACGCAACUUCUGACAGGGUGGGAUUCUGCUUCCACUCCCUUCUUCGUAGAAGAAGCACUCUGUCUCCUUCGUUCCUGAAAACCACGGUCAGGUCCCCCUGACUGUCCCUCACCCUUGGAGAGUCCUCCAAGGUUGCAGCCUCCGGGACUCUAGGAUGUCUCCCUCUGCAGCAACUGGGUCCUUAAGGCCCGCAGCGGCAGCUGCAAACAAACUGUGGAGUGGAAUUCUGCUUCCACUCCUAUCUGUUAACAAACUGAAACCAAAACACAUACACAGAGGUGCUGCACUCAGACACUCAGGACAUUUAGAACAAAAACAUUGCCAGCACACACACACACAAACAAGCAUACCUACAAGGGGGGUCUUCGAGGUUCCUGGGUGCCACCUAUAUCCCCGUACGGGCCACCAAAUGUAGGACCUCCUUUUUAGGGAGUCCCCCACUCCGUUCUUGGGAUAGCAUACACCCAAGGAAACAUGAGAGACCAACUUGAUGGAAAGACAUGAGGCAGUUUAUUAUC